UUAAUGUUGAUCCUUCCAGCUGGAAGUUCUUCUGGACUUUUGAUGUCGCUGACCGGAAACGGGACCCAGGCAAGGAGGGUCUGAAGAAAGGGGAGACCUUUGCACUUGUCGCAAGCAAAGUGAGGGGGGUGGGGGGGAAGGAAGGAGGGAGGUAAACCUCUUUUUGGAACUAACUCAUGAAGAACAAGGGAGGAAAGCCGAAACUUAAAAGGAAAGGAGCCACGAACGUAUUUGGCUGUGAUCUGACGGAAUAUCUGGAGAGCUCUGGACAAGAUGUUCCACCUGUUUUGAAGAGCUGCGCAGAGUUCAUAGAGACUCACGGCAUUGUGGACGGAAUCUACCGGCUUUCUGGAGUGACCUCCAACAUUCAGAAGCUGAGGCAAGAGUUUGCCUCUGACCAGUGCCCAGACCUGACAAGGGAAAUUUACCUCCAGGACAUUCACUGUGUGGGGUCACUGUGCAAGUUAUACUUUCGGGAGCUACCCAAUCCACUCCUCACUUAUGAACUUUACAAGAAAUUCACGGAGGCGAUUUCAAGCUGUCCUGAGGAAGAACAAUUGGUCCAAAUACAGAAUGCCAUCCAGGAACUUCCGCCGUCUCAUUAUAGGACAUUGGAAUACCUGAUCAAGCACUUGACUCAUCUAGCAUCCUUCAGCAGCAUGACCAACAUGCACACCAGGAAUUUGGCCUUGGUGUGGGCCCCUAACCUGCUCAGGUCAAAGGAAAUUGAGGCUGUGGGAUGCAAUGGAGACGCAGCAUUCCUGGAGGUGCGAGUCCAGCAAUUGGUGAUUGAGUUUAUAUUGAACCACAUGGAUGAAAUCUUUAAUGAGCAUGUCUUGGCCAGACCAAAGGAGAUUGAGGAGAAUAAGCCUGUUGUGAAGAGCUUGACACUGCCUUCCACUUCUCUUCCCAUGAAGCUGGUAAGCCUGGAAGAAGCUCAGGCCCGAAGCCUGUCAGCUUGCCACCCUGCCCGCAAGGAGAGGAGGGAGAACAGUUUGCCUGAAAUUGUUCCUGUCACAGGCUCUUUCUUUCAUACCGUACUUGACCUACCAGAUGGCAAGAGAAAAUUAUCCACAAAAUCCAAGAAAUGGAAGUCUAUCUUCAACCUGGGCCGAUCUGGAUCAGAAUCCAAGUCAAAACUGAACCGAAACGGGAGUGUAUUUGUGCGAGGGCAGAAGCUCUCUGAAAAAGCAACCAUUCGGCCAGCCAAAAGCAUGGACUCGCUGUGUUCGCUUCCAGUAGAAGGGAAUAAUGAGAAAGGCCACUUCAAACGCACAGCUGUGGCUGGAGGCUUUUUUGUUCCAGUGAUGAAACCACGGAUGGGGGGACCAGGUGGCUCUUCUGAUCUCAACAGGCUGGAGAAUGAGUGGGAUCCCCAGGCCACUGUGAAAGGGGCAGAGGGAGGGGCAGAGGACCGCAGAGACAAAGAUCCAUCUCAACCAACCCAAAUCAGACCCCUCCCUGAACAGCUGAAAGUUUUCCGGCCCAUAGAUGACCCAGAGAGUGAGCAGACCUCCCCAAAGAUGUGCCGUAUGUUCUACACUUCCAGUGAUGGAGCUACCAAAUCAGGAUUCCAUGGAACGCUCUUCCCCCUGGAGGCCUCCCCUCGGCACCAGCGGAAAGCCUUGAAUAUUUCAGAGCCCUUUGCUGUUUCAGUGCCCCUUCGAGUGUCUGCUGUCAUCAGUAUCAACAGUACCCCCUGCCGUAUGCCUGUGAAAGAAAAGGCUGUCCUCUCCAGUCUACAAGAAUCUUCUUCCUUGGGCUUAGACUGUGCCAUUUCUACAGCCCUAGAAGAAGCUAGGCCAGAACAUACUACAGUCAAGGAGGAAAAGAUGGCUGAGGCCAAAGCAGGAGCAGAUUCUGUCGCUGAAAAAAUGACAACAGCGAAGAAGCCUGAGACCUUAAAUAUUCCUCAACCAUCAACCACAAUUCUGGAGACAAAAAGUAGUGUCAAGAGCUCAGCUUCAGAAGAGAAAGAUAACCAUGAACAGAAACCCCCAGCAGCAGGAGAUGAAGCCGGCCAGCUAGAGAGGAAGACCAGGCCGGAACGAGGCUGCUGGCAGCCAGAGGGGCCACGCAGUGGAGCAGAGGACUCCUCACUCCUAAGUGAGCAGGCUGAUGACAAUCAUUCCAAAGCUUUGAUGGAACCGUUGUGGCCAGAAAUUCAACAGGAGCUGAAAAUUGUUGAGUCUGAAGAAGAGGUCUCAUUCCCACGGGCGCUUGGUCCAGAGGCAGCCCAGAAACAGCAAGAGUUUACACCCAGUCCUGCGUCCCUUUCCUCCUCAGAAGCAAACUGUUUACCGUGUAGUUCUGAGCUAUCUCCAGCAUCAACCAAAGGAGAAAACACAGUCAGAAACUUACCGACUGUACUUCACAUUCCUUUGUUUGGUGCCUCUUCCAAAGGAUCAACAGAGUCACCUUCCUGUGGCUCCAAACUGCUCAGCGAAAAGGAUGGUGCUUCUUCCACUUUAUCAAAAGUAGAAAAUAACCCACAUGAAUUACCUUGUCCAAAGGAAUGUCUGGAGAUGGAGGAUACCAGGAAUGACUUUCCACCUCAGCCUGAAGACUGGAAGCUUUCAUUAGAACUACAAGAAAACAUAACUCUUUCAAGAGAUGAGUUAUCAUAUCUCAAAGAAAGGCAUGUAGAACAGUUAGAGUGGGAAAAUAAUGCUUUGUUUCUUCAAAGAGAGAAGGAAGGUGCUACUGUAACUCAGACACAGAAAACCGAUAAAGCAUUUUCGGAUCUAAGAAACCUGGCCAGUCUAAGUAGUAUUGGAGCCCACCAGCUCAAAGAGAGUAGUAUGAAUGAUACCCAAGACUUUCUUGACCAGCAAGAUGAUGAAACAUGGACAGAUCACGUGCAGACCUUAGAGUUGGUGGAGCCAUGGGAAGAUCACCAGUGGGUUACCAGUCCUCUCCAUUCUCCUACUUUCAAGGACACUCAAGGAAAGGCACUUCACGAGUUUCAGGCAACAUGCCAAGGAACUGGCAGGGCCCAUUUCAAAAAGCCUUGUUUCAGUCGUAGCUUUUCCUUAGACAGUAAAGACUCUGUGAGAAGGCACUGGGCUAUCCAGUCACCUUUCACAAGUACAGGUAAGGAGCGCCUUUAUGAGGACUUCCUACCAGGAAUCAAGCAACCCCCACAAGCACUGUGGAAAGAAAGUGACAGAGUAGAAGCUUGGUUAAAUCUUUCAGAGGAACCUUCCAAGCCAGAUGAAUCCAGCAGAAGACCUCUGAGCCGUGAAGCAGGCUUUGCAGCUAGAGAACUACUGUCUGAGCAUGAAGGACCGUAUCCUGUCACUCAUAAGAUCUUGAAUGAGAAGAAAAUAUACGAAGACAAAAAAAGCCAGGAAGAUUUAAAGCUUGAGUCUCCUCUGCUGCAGUUUAAUUCUGAAGAUAACUUAAGUUCAAGCAGUCCAGAAAAAGGAACACCCGGAAUUCAGCAGACUGGUGGUGACAUGGGAACUACUUUCAUCAAAGAUCUAUGCUGUGCUAAAGAUUUACAGAGUAGUAAAAAUGAAGGCACCCCACGCAAGGGGAAGCCAAGACCCACUUCUCUAAAUCUGGAUUCUGUCCUUCCAGCUGCCAACCUUUUUAACUUCGAGAGCCUUUCCGUGCCUACUCCACCUGGGAACAUGGUGUGCGGGCCAAAAGAGAUUAGAGGCAGUGAUUCUGUCCCAUCAUUACCGCUUGCCUGCCCAAACAGGGAUAAAGCAGAUCUUUGGGGUUCUCAUUUUGAUCACCAAGACCUAGACUUAGACUAUAUCAUGAUGGCUCAUGCUUCUACUGGUCGCCGUAACUCUGCUCCAGUGAGUGUCUCAGCAGUGAGAACAUCUUUCAUGGUUAAGAUGUGCCAGGCUAGAGCUGUACCAGUCAUACCACCCAAGAUUCAGUACACUCAAGUCCCCCAGCCUCUGCAGACACAAAACCCCAACUGUAGGGCUCAAGAGACCAAGGAAGUAGAAGCCAAUAUAGGCCAACGUAAGCCAACUCAAAAUGCUCAGGGUCAACUGCAGCCCCCAAAGAGUCCUCAGGGAGAAAGGAAAGGGAAAGAAAAUAACAGUGCAACCCUUAUGGAUUCAGCAGCAACUCGAAAGAUAGAACCAUCCCUGUCCAAUCAUAAUUCCAUACAGGAUGUACCCAUACUUCGCCGAAAGCGUACUUCUGAAGGAGAGACCACAACAGACAACCCACAGUGCUCAAAAAUGGAAAGGCCAUCAGGGGUUUCCAAGCCUUCAUACAGAUCUAGACCAGGGAGACCUCAGAGCCUUAUCCUGUUCAGCCCUCCCUUUCCCAUCAUGGACCAUCCAUCUUCCUCUGCAGACUCCAGGGUGUUACUUUCUCCCAUAAGAAGCCCUUCACAAACCACGCCUCCUGGUCUUGUUUCGAAUGAUUUGUCAGGGACAACCUCAGAGGGGGUCACUCUUCGGAACAAGAUGACCAUUCCCAAGAAUGGCCAGAGACUAGAGACUUCCACAAGCUGUUUUUACCAACCCCAGAGGAGGUCUGUCAUUCUGGAUGGGAGAAGUGGGAGGCAGAUAGAAUAAUGCCCACUCACCUUCACUUCUCUUCCCUGGUGGAUGAGAUGGGAGUGGUCACACUGAGAACUAGAUUGAGGUAACUGUUGUUACCUGCUUACUAUUCAAAAAUAACUUGCUUGCCAACGCCCAACAAUCCGUAUUUUACAGCUAGUCACUUUGAAUUGACAGGCAGAGUGUUCUGUGGGUUUGGCUUCCCAUCCACACUGGAAAAGGACAUGUCAGUCAAAGCAACAUUCUGCACCACGGAAAGGAGCAGUCAGUCCUUUUUUCCUCAGCUGAAAACUCUCCCUCAUCCCCCUACUUCUCAGCAACAUUCUAGCAGUAGUUAAGAACUGCAGGGAGCAUCUCAGCAACACUGACUCCUGUUGGGUCUUGACUGGUAGUAUUCCAGAGAUCCCAGUCAGUAUCUCCUUUGCCACAAGUUUAUGUACAAACUUACAAGGAACGUUGUGAUGAGAAUGAUGAGUGUGAAGGGCACUCAGAAAGUAGUUGGAGGGGGAAUAUGAUGUCUUUGAGCUAAGACCCUAUACUGAUAGGCAGUUGUUGAGGGUAAGCGCCUGCUUGUUUCCAUGGGCUUGUUCUGUAGCAGCUCUUUAUACGUUUAUUGUUAAUUAAGAGCUAACAGCAAGAUUUUUGUGUUAAUUGGCCAUAGAUAAUUGUACAAAUAGCCAUCUAAAACUACUUGCUCUCUCAACAGUUGGUGCAGUUAGCAAUGCAGCACCAAGGAAAGCCCCCCUUGCUGCUGAACCUGUUGAGGCUCUUCUAGAAAGCACUGUGUCUACCUUGCUAACUUUUGCUGUGAUGGCAGCUGUAGGUCUCAGUAGCUGCAAAAGGAAAGGUAGACAGGGCAGUUACAAUAAGUUGCACUCCAGCACAUUCGCUGCGUGUUUAGAUUCCGCUGCUCUUUAUUUGAGAACCGUCUCGGUAGGGUUUCUUUUUCUUCCAGAAUAAGUGUGGCUGCUGUUUGUUCAGAAGGAGCUUGUUCUUUAAGCUGCCAUUUAGACAGCAUCAUCAGGGCUGUAGGUGGCAAGGAUGUAGGAUCUGGAUUGGCAAAAAAAACCCCAACAGUGCUAAUUCAUGGCUGUGAGUCACUAAGUGGGGCUCUCAAGGUUUCAGAAUUUAAAACAAAAAUUAAAGUUCAUCUUGUCAAAGAACAGGGUCUUGAUCACAAAGCUAUGAUCUACAGCCACAUUUUUUCCCUCCAGGAUGAAUUGUAGUUGGAUUUGAGACCUGGCUGCAGGCAAAGAAGAUGUAGAUUCAGCUACUCAGUAGUGCAGCUUAGAAUAUGUUAUAGCAUGCCCCCCCCCAAAGUAUUGUUUGAAUAGGUUAGCUGCACUUUUGUACCUUGGGCCAAAACUCUGUAGUGCCUUGCAACUCACUAACCACCUGUGACACAAGCAUUGCUGCCUAGUACCUGCAGCCCUCAUUGUAAAAGGCUGCUUCAUACAGCAACAUGGAUGCCCCUUAUUUGAGACUCCAAUGUUCUGGGUGUCCCCUGAACACAUGAAGCUGCCUUGGACUGAAUCAGACCCUUGGUCCAUCAAGGUCAGCAUUGUCUAAUCAGACUGACUGUAGCUCUCCAGGGUCUCAAGCGGAGGUCUGUCACAUCACUUACUAUCUGAUCCUUUAAACUGGAGAUGUCGGGGAUUGAACCUGGGACCUUACACAUGCCAAAAAGAUGCUCUACCACUGAGCCACUGAGCUGUCAGAGUUUUUGGCAGCUGCAUGUGCUACCAGGUUUAUUCAUGGCACAGAAUUUAUGAGAUUUGGAAAAGACAGCAAAGAAAAAACAAGAGAUGUCAUUUCUUUGUCUGCAAGAGCACAGGGUGGAGCUCUGUUGGACUACUCUCUUAAGUGCAAAUAAGGAGGAAUCAGUGUAGGGGUGAAGCAGGUCAUAUGAACAGAAGGAAGGAGAUUAGUGUGGUAUUCUUCUCCAAGAACAGCAGGGAAGGUUUACUUGUCUUGGCAGAAUGGAAGAAUUGCCUAACUACAUGAGAAGGGAGGUGUGCAGGAUUCACCUGAUUGGAAGGGAUGGCCCCUUUGACAAACAGAAUUUGCUUUAGACCUUUGACUCAUUUGCCAAGAUCAGAGAACUUUUCAGAAACAGUUUUUAUAUGUUAUGGCUUCAGCAUAUGUUCAAGUGAUAACGUGUGGAAGCUUCACCAAAGCCUAAGCAGUUUCCAGUUUCCAUUGAUGGCUGUGUAGAAACAAAAAAUUUCAAGAUGCAAACCAGAUCUUAUUGCUAGCCUUUCCUGUCUUCAGAGAUUUAAAAAAAUAGCUGAACGUUAAUUGUGUGUUAAAUUUUAUGUAUAAACAGAACAUAUAUAAAUAUGCUAAAGUGUAAUGAAAAACUAAAUGGGCUAAGCAGCAUCCAUCAUGUCCAUGAAUUUUAGAUGGAUCUGAUAUACAAAAAUUACUCUUCGCUAAAAACUCUUUUUUUCCCAAGCUUUUUAUAAAGAGUGUCUUUGAGGAGCAACAUUUUAAUCCCGCCAGUCAGGAAUAAAUCUCUCCCACCGAGCCUCUUCUGUAUUAUCUCUAGGGCUGCUCAAAUACCUGCCAGUCGAGCUCGCUUCCCAUUUGCAAAGGUUGAUCAAGCAACCAAGUAAUCAAGCUGUUUACAACCUGUUCAUCAUGUGUAUUUGCAGGAACAGGCAGCAUGCAGCUGCCAGAGGUCGACUCCCAAUUGAUGAGGGAUCAGCUAGGAGUUAGCAUCUGAUCUCCUGCUGGGGGGAAAUCAAGAGCUGACUCUCAGCUGAUCAGAUGUUCUGAUCUCCCAUCCUGGAAAAGUUUGCUGCCUCCAAGACUUGCUGAGAUGCAACAGGUGGGGGUGGGGGUGGGGGUGGUCAGAAACGCAACUGAUUUCUCCCCACCUCACACUGUCUGUGUGGACUGCAGGGCAAAGGAGAAGAAGGAACACUUUCUCCUUUCCCUGCUGCAAUGCAGAUCAAAAGCACUGCUUCUGUCCCAGCCCGGCUUGGAGGGGAAGGGAGCGAAAUGAGCUGUUUUUCCUCUUCCUCUUGGCAACUUCACUGUGUAGCUGUUUUGCUGAGUGGGGGUGGAUGAGAACCCAAUUUCCAGCUGAUUGGGGGUUUCAGCUUCUGAGCAGUAGGCAGCUACAAACUUGUUUGCCAACUAUUCGAUACCAUCUGGACAUAUCCCGGACUGGCUCACAGUCUGAUUGUGAGGGUCGAACAAAGUAAGAUGCACUGCCAAACAGGUUGUCUGAGAAAUGUGUGACAUCCUUAAUUGUCUUCUUGCCAGGUGUAGGCAACCUUUUUUGGGCCAAGGGUUGGAAAAAACAGAAGGUUUUCCAACAAUUUCCUGUGAAAUUGUUGGUGAGCUGGCAAAAACUGGGGGAGGGGACGGUUGUACUUGGUGAAGAGGUCUGGGACACCCAUCGACAUGUUUGCAUUUCAUUUGCUAGUCCCGGUGGGUAUAGUUUUCAUGGAAUGUUGUUGCUCCUACAGUCUAUCUGCUUUUGUGCCUUAACAGCUUUAGAGUUUUGCCAAGUCUCAGCCAUGAGAUUAAACUGGAGUUUUAUAUUUUAAAAGUAGAUGCGUCCUGGUGAUGUUUGGGGACAUAUUUAUCCAUUGUGAUCUGAAAAAUACAAUGAACACUGCUUCUAUUA